AUAACAGUGUGGUCAGCGGGGUCCUCAGAGAACAUGUCUCCUGCUGUUAACAUGGUGACUGUGGUGUUGCUCCUCAUGCUCGGGGCAGUAGCAUCCGACUUGCAAGUACACGGGAAAUCAAUCAACAGGGUUAAGACUUUGCUGAGCAGCGAUUAUGGAAGACACAGUGUGAGGAAACAGCCACAGCAACAGACAAAAAGUGACAUUCGCAGGAGUUUGGAUCAGGAGACCUACAAAGUGCGCUUACGCCCGACCAGCAGCAGAAUCAGCCUUCCGAUCAUCAUCAAGCUCCACCCGCCCACGGCCAAACCUCUCCACCUGCACGCCAACAUGCCCAUGCGUUUCGGGAGGGAGAAUUUGCCUGGUGAUGAAAGGGCCCCAAACUCGUCCCCCAACAUGCCCCAGAGGUUUGGCCGUUCUUGGGACACGUGUGCCGAGUGCCGUGAUGUCCGAGAAGCACUGCUGCCUCAGAGGUUUGGGAGAAGCAGUCCUUUCUGGAGCCUUCUGAGGACAAUGGCCAAAGCACAGUUAGUGAACACUGGCUUGCACUGGGCUGACGUUUUUGACUUAAAAACCAGCUCAGAAGAGUUGGAAAUGCAAGAGAAGACCUUUAAAAGGAUGAAAGAGGGUUUGACCAGCCAACACCAGGGUCUAUAUAAGUUGUAAAUAUCAGCAAAGAUAGUUUUUUUUGUACAGUCAGAAUGUUAAAUAUUAACUGAAAAAGAAUAGAUAAGUAUGUUGAAAUA